UUACGCGCCAAAACAACUAACGCCUCGCUGAGCCCUGGGACGGUUCUACAUUCGCUGUAUGCGUUGGUAUUAGUGCGAGAGAGCGUUUCAGUUUCGUAUCGCUUUCGGAUUGUCUGUUGCGCGAACCGUGAACACCGGGUCAGUUCUAACCGCUGCAGGAGGAUUGAGGCGUAGAAAAGUUGGUCUGUUUGGCACGUACCUAUAGGCAUUCUGCUAACUACGUGAAACUGUUUACGCCUCGUCGCGAACCGAGUUGAUAUUUUCGCGCAAAUUAUCGAUUCAGUAAAUAGUUGCGAUCGAAGCAAACGCGCUGCUGCUGCUAAGUUGUUGUUUAGUGCCAAAAGUGACAAUUUGUUUAGUAUAGAGUAGCAGUCUCUCCAACCUUGCGCAAGUGCGAGUGACAGGCCAGUAGUGCGUAUUGUGUGUAGUUUUUUUUUUCAAAAUGGCUCCCCCGAUUGUGACUGCGUCUAUUGUUGGAUCCAUACCCGGCGUAGCUACAAAUCCGGCAGGAGCAGGUUCUAGCAGUGGAUUCGUCGUAGCCAGUACAGGAGGGCAUCCAUCCGGUAGAGGCCUCACCAUCACCGAGGAUACACUCAGGCUGAUCGAAUGCGUAAAAGCCCGACCCGCGCUCUGGCAUCGCAAGCAUCUUCGGCAGCGCGUUCAAGUUGCGCACCGCGGAUGGGAGGAAAUUCGCAAAGCGUUCAAGGCCACUGACGUGGUAUCCCUGAAGGUUCGCUGGAAGACACUGCGGGAUAGUUUUCGCCGCGAGGUGAAACGCAUCGAAGAUGGCGAAUUGACCACCUCUAGUUGGCCCCUGUUUGAUCGGAUGUCCUUUCUGAUCGGCCACUUCCGGACAAGGGAGAGCUACUGCAAGGGGGGUUCGAUUUCCCCCGAGCAGAGCAAAUCAGCGGAAGAUGAACACUGGCAGUAUUUCGAUGACAAACGAGAGUCGAUAGCCGAGGAAGUGGUGGUGGUCGGUGGUGACGAUCUGGAAGUUGUUGAAACGCUUUCGAUCUUCCCGAAGCAUGGGCGCUACGAAUCGAUUUCGGCAGCGGGUGGCGCUAGUUCCAUCGUGGGGGAAAGCGACCCAGAGGAAGUAGCUGUGAUUGGGGAGCUUAAGAAUACGUCGCAGGGCGAGCCGUACGGAGAUGUGGAGAUGGAAACUGCUCGCAGUUGUGAGGUGAUUGAGAUUCCACCGGAACUGUACGGAGAGGUGACGUUCAAGAAUAAGCUGCGGGCGCGCAUCAAAUCCGAACCGGUAGACACGGACCAGUUGAAGGCUGGAAAUAGGGCGAUCGAAUCAGAUGCGGAUUAUAAUUUUCUUAUGAGUUUGCAUCCGUUCAUGAAGCAAUUGUCGGGCAAAAAGAAUCUCUCUGUUAGAAUUAAGAUUCAGCAGUUGAUCGCUGAAGCAAUGGAUUAAAUGUACAGAUAAUUAAGAUGAAUAAUCUCGAAGUGAGAUUUUUAGGUAACUUUGCAUUCUAAUUUCAGUUACUCUCUAAUGAACUCGUUACUUUGUAUAUGAACUGUA